AUGCCCCCAACCCUCGGGUCCUCCCUCCAAGCCCAAGGCCUCGCAGACGAGCAGAGGGGCCUGCUCGACCUCAUCGACAAGCUCCAGUUCGCCCAGCUCGACAACGUCAAGCUGCCACAGAUCGUCGUCGUGGGCGACCAGUCCGCUGGCAAAAGCUCCGUCCUCGAAGCCCUCAGCGGCACGCCCUUCCCCCGCGACGCAGGCGCCUGCACGCGCUUCGCGACGGAGAUUCGCCUGCGGAGGGCAAAGGAGACGAGCCUCAGCGUGUCCAUCAUCCCGGACAAGAACCGCCCGUACAAUGAGCAGGCUCGCCUGCUGCAGUUUGGGGGCGACGUGGGCGCCGACACGUCCUUUGAGGGCAUGAUGCGCGAGGCCACCGAGCUCAUUGCGCCGCGCAGCGUUCCGGGCCGCUUCGCCGCCCGAGAUAUCCUCGUCGUGGAGAAGACGGGGCCGGAGAUGCCCAUGCUGAGCCUCGUCGACCUGCCGGGCCUCGUCCGCGUGGCCAACCGGGACCAGUCCGAAGCGGACAUCCAGACCAUCGAGGUGCUCUCUGACCGGUACAUGAAGAGCAGCCGGACCAUCAUCUUGGCUGUCAUUGGCGGCAACAACGACUACGUGCAGGCGCCCAUCUUGAAGAAGGCACGCCAUUUUGAUCCUUCGGGGUCGCGCACGAUUGGCGUCUUGACGAAGCCCGACAUGACGGAGGGCAUCGGUCUCGAGGACAAGUUUAUAGAGCUCGUCACCAGCAAGGAUCGAGAAAACAACUUCAAGCUCGGCUGGUACGUCCUGCUCAAUCCGGGACCAGGCGACCACUGGUCCUCUCCUGAGGAGAGAUCACGACGAGAAGCAGACUUCUUCACAAAGGGCAAAUGGGCCGCCCUGCCGCCUCACAUGUGGGGUGUCGAAGCCUUGCGACAGAAGCUCAGCUCGCAGCUCCAGCGGCAUGUCGGAAAGCACGUCAAGACGCUCCGAAGACAGAUCCAACAGGCUCUCGAGCAGUGCGAAGCCCAGCUCAAGGCCAUGGGCUCGGGGAAAGACACCAUUGAGGAGAUGCGCUUCGAGAUGGGCGAGCUCUUCUCGGCGUCGGGCAACCUCGUCACCCCGGCCGUCAACGGCAACUACAAGAACCCCGUCGGAGAAUCCUUCUUCUCAAGACGAUCUAGCCCCAAGGGAACGCCCGCGCAGAAGUUGCGGGCCCGUGUCCGCGAAGAGAGCGAACGGUUCUCGCGCCUCUUCCGGCAGCACGGCAGCAAAGUCAACUUUGCCCCUUCUGCUGGCUCUGGCGUGAACCUGCCGGCAGCAGGCGUUGUGGGAGACCAGGCAAAGAAGGAGUUUGCGCAGAGAGAAGUCGAGCCGCUGCUUCGACAGAUCCGCGGAAACGAGCUUCCGCUUGACUCCAACCCCAGGGCUCCGUAUAUCCUGUUUCAGGACUUUUCUCGCAACUGGCCGGUGCUGGCUCAGGAGUACAAGGACAAUGUCGGAGUCAUUUGCAACGAGUUCCUCGCUGACGUGAUUGACCAUGUGUGGCCUCUCAGGAUGAGAGACGCCUUGAGAUAUCACUUCCUGGAGAAGAAGAUGAAGGAGAUGAUGGACGAGGCCGAGAAGGAGCUGAAAAGGCUGACUGACGACUUGGAGCUGGAGAUUCAGCCAUAUGAUCCCGAGUAUGAACAGCGCCUCAUCAGGUGGCGCGCGGAAGCGACUGAGAACGGUGGCACGUACACCGAGGCGGAGGAAGUGCUCGAGAAGAUGCUCAUCUACUACGACCUGACGGCGCGGAUAUACACUCGCAACACCAUCACCCAGGUCGUCGAACGACACUUGCUUCUGCGGAUGCUCGGGCUCUUCAACCCCGUCGAGAUUCUGCGCAUGCCAGACUCCACGAUUGAGGCCAUUGCAGCCGAGAACAAGGAGACGCGCGACCGCCGCACUGCGUUGAAGGCAAGGAAAGCGGCCAUCGAGGAUGCGCGGAGCAUCUGUGCCAGUCUGGCAAUGAGGAGCGAGCUGCGGGCAUAUGAAGACGAGAUGGAAGACCAGGUCGAUACGGACGACGAGACACUACGUCGCAAGAGACGAGAGGAGCGGCCUCGCCCGUCCAUGAGCGCGGACACGCAGCAGGGCCAGCAGAAUGUCCAGACCAAUGGUGUAUCUGCUCCCGACUGGGAUGAGUCGUAUUACACGACAGCCCAGCCGGCACCUCACCACGCGCCGCCGCCGCCGCCGCCUCCGCGACCUCAGAAAGUAGGGUUCGAGGACGGCGAGCGGUAUGACGCUACUCCGAGGGUCGAUUCGGCCAGCAGGGCGAAAGAGAGUGCGAGGCACAAGCUGGCUUCGUUGAUGAGGAAUGGCGUGCAGAAUUAG